CUUGCAGGGAUAACAGAGGAAGAGCGGCAGUUUCUGGCUCCCCCGAUGCUGAAGUUCACCCGAAGCUUGUCCAUGCCGGACACUUCCGAGGACAUACCCCCUCCGCCGCAGUCUGUGCCCCCAUCUCCCCCUCCACCUUCCCCCACCACGUACAACUGCCCUAAGUCCCCGACUCCAAGAGUCUAUGGGACAAUUAAGCCUGCGUUCAAUCAGAACCCCGUCGCCAAGGUGCCCCCAGCCACCAGGUCUGACACUGUGGCCACCAUGAUGCGGGAAAAGGGGAUGUUCUACAGGAGGGAGCUGGACCGGUUCUCCCUGGACUCUGAAGAUGUCUACAGCCGCAGCCCCGCCCCACAGGCCGCCUUCCGCACCAAGCGGGGGCAGAUGCCUGAGAACCCAUACUCAGAGGUGGGAAAGAUAGCCAGCAAGGCCGUCUAUGUCCCUGCCAAGCCAGCCAGGCGGAAGGGCAUGCUGGUGAAGCAGUCCAACGUGGAGGACAGCCCUGAGAAGACAUGCUCCAUCCCCAUCCCAACCAUCAUCGUCAAGGAACCCUCCACCAGCAGCAGCGGCAAGAGCAGCCAGGGCAGCAGCAUGGAGAUCGACCCCCAGGCCACCGAGCCGGGCCAGCUUCGGCCCGACGACAGCCUCACAGUCAGCAGCCCCUUUGCUGCAGCCAUCGCUGGGGCUGUGCGUGACCGGGAGAAGCGUCUGGAAGCCAGGAGGAAUUCCCCGGCCUUCCUCUCCACAGACCUGGGAGAUGAGGAUGUGGGUCUGGGGCCACCGGCUCCCCGGAUACGGCCCUCCAAGUUCCCUGAGGAGGGCGGGUUUGGUGACGAGGACGGAACGGAACAACCGCUAUCGCCUACCCCUGGGACAGCACCCAGGGAGCUGGAGAACCACUUCCUAGGUGGUGGCGAGGCUGGUACUCAGGGAGAGACCGGGGGACCCCUGAGUUCCACAUCCAAAGCCAAGGGGCCUGAGAGUGGCCCAGCAGCUCCUCUCAAGAGUGGCAGCCCAGCCAGCCCUGAGAAUUACGUGCACCCCCUCACGGGGCGGCUGCUCGACCCCAGCUCCCCGCUGGCCCUGGCGCUGUCCGCCAGGGAUCGAGCCAUGCAGGAGUCCCAGCAGGGGCACAAGGGGGAGGCCCCCAAGGCUGACCUCAACAAGCCUCUCUACAUCGAUACCAAAAUGCGGCCCAGCGUGGAGUCCAGCUUUCCUCCCGUCACCAGGCAGAACACCCGGGGUCCCCUGCGACGGCAAGAGACGGAGAACAAGUACGAGACGGACCUGAGCAAGGACCGCAGGGGUGAUGACAAGAAGAACAUGCUGAUCAACAUCGUGGACACAGCCCAGCAGAAGUCAGCCGGCCUGCUGAUGGUGCACACGGUGGACGUCCCCACGGCAGGGCCACCCCUGGAGGAAGAGGAGGACAGAGAGGAUGUGGAUAUAAAGCCAGACCACUCACCCUCCACAGUGCCAGAAGGCGUUCCCAAAACCGAAGGUGCUUUACAGAUCUCCGCUGCCCCGGAGCCCGCCGCUGCGCCCGGCAGGACCAUUGUGGCAGCGGGCUCCGUGGAAGAGGCGGUGAUUCUGCCAUUCCGCAUCCCCCCUCCCCCUCUGGCGUCCGUGGACUUGGAUGAGGACUUUCUUUUCACAGAACCAUUGCCUCCCCCCCUGGAAUUCGCAAAUAGUUUUGAUAUCCCCGACGACCGUGCAGCUUCGGUCCCCGCUCUUGCUGACUUGGUCAAACAGAAGAAAAAUGACGCCCCUCAGCCCCCUUCGUUGAACUCCAGCCAGCCAGCCAACUCUGCAGACAGUAAGAAGCCGACUGGCAUUUCAAACUGUCUGCCCUCCUCAUUCCUGCCGCCCCCCGAAAGCUUUGACGCCGUCACCGACUCCGGGAUCGAGGAGGUGGACAGCCGGAGUAGCAGCGACCACCAUCUCGAGACAACCAGCACCAUCUCCACAGUGUCCAGCAUCUCCACACUGUCCUCAGAGGGCGGGGAGAGCAUGGAUACCUGUACAGUCUAUGCAGACGGGCAAGCCUUUGUGGUUGACAAGCCCCCAGUACCUCCAAAGCCAAAAAUGAAGCCCAUUGUUCACAAAAGCAACGCACUUUACCAAGACACGCUCCCGGAAGAGGACACAGAUGGCUUUGUGAUCCCCCCACCUGCACCCCCACCCCCACCGGGCAGUGCCCAGGCCAGCGUGGCAAAGGUCAUCCAGCCAAGGACCUCCAAGUUGUGGGGUGAUGUCCCAGAGGUCAAAAGCCCAAUUCUCUCAGGCCCAAAGGCAAAUGUCAUUAGCGAGCUAAACUCCAUUCUGCAGCAGAUGAACAGGGGGAAAUUGGUCAAGCCCGGGGAAGGGCUGGAACUGCCGGUGGGAGCCAAGUCAGCCAGCCUCGCUCCAAGAAGCCCGGAGGUCAUGAGCACAGUCUCAGGAACACGGAGCACGACGGUCACCUUCACUGUCCGCCCGGGCACCUCCCAGCCCAUCACCCUGCAGAGCCGGCCCCCCGACUAUGAGAGCAGGACCUCAGGACCAAGGCGCGCCCCGAGCCCUGUGGUCUCGCCAACAGAGUUGAACAAAGAGAUUCUGCCCACCCCUCCGUCUGCUGCAGCAGCCUCUCCUUCCCCCACACUCUCAGAUGUCUUUAGCCUUCCAAGCCAGUCCCCUGCAGGGGACCUCUUUGGCUUGAACCCAGCAGGACGCAGCAGGUCACCAUCUCCUUCAAUACUGCAACAGCCAAUCUCAAAUAAGCCUUUUACAACUAAGCCUGUCCACCUGUGGACGAAACCAGACGUGGCAGACUGGCUGGAAAGUCUGAACUUGGGUGAACACAAGGAGACCUUCAUGGACAAUGAGAUUGACGGCAGCCACUUGCCGAACCUCCAGAAGGAAGACUUGAUAGAUCUGGGGGUGACUCGGGUUGGGCAUAGGAUGAACAUAGAAAGGGCUUUGAAACAGCUGCUGGACAGAUAAGAGUGGCUGACCUGGGCCUUCACAGACUCCUUCGUUAUAAGUAGAGAUGGGCUUAUGUUGAAAUGUGUGGUGGCCAAGCAGAGGCCGAGAGAGCACCACUCUCGGUCCAUGGGUUUGUCUCUGGGUACCCAAAGAAGUGCUGUGGGUGUCCUUGGUGUGGCCAAACCAGGGCCUCAAAACCCAGCUCUCCAUGCAGAUUUCUUGGGCGGCUUCUGUCCAAAGGGACGGUAAGGGGGUUUUCUGUCAUGGUCCCAGAGGCUCCCGUUGAUGGCAUGUGGGACCCUCUCCUCCUGUGGCAGGUACCAGUGUACUCCAGAUACCUCCUGAGGCCUCUCUCCUCUGCCUUCUGGCAGCUCUCACCCUCCAGCCCCAGAACACAGCCUUUCUUCAGGCUUGUGGCCUCUGGGUGGGCUCACUGGCUCUUGUCCUCCCCUGUGCUCAGCUCUCAGUGAGCAGCUCCAGGUGGAGCCCUGCCUGAGCCAGACGGUAGAGAAAUGCCAUCCCAUCCGCCUCUUUGUCCGACUCCUGUGACGUGCAUCUGAGUUUCUUUGGCCCCAAGGUCCUUGGCAGUGGUGGCCGUGUGGACAGGAUCGUGCCCAGCUUGCCUAACUUGCUUUCUUUAUUUCUGCAAACCGAUUAGCAAUUCCAGGGUGGCCAAACCGAAGUCACACGGAGUUAGUCAAAGCACAAAGUCACGAUCCUGAGGAGGAGGGAGGGAGGCCUGGCCACAGAGCCAACCAGUGUGUGGCUGUCCAAGCCCACGACCUCCUCUAGGACAAGAGCGGGUGUCUGCCUGGAGCAGCAUCUACCCAGGAGGGAGAGGCAGGGGCUCUUGAAUUUCCUUUAAUUGGAUGUCUGCUGAGCUCCACGGAGGUCAGAACAGAUGAGCAACUGCUAUGACAAGGACAAGGAGACCUGAGGCUCGUGGUAAGCACGGCUGCCCGGGGAAGCUGAUGUCCUCCCUGGGAGAGGAUGGGGUGCUCCCUGCCUUCCAUCCACGCCAGUGGGCGAGCAUCCUGCUGAGGCAACCCUUUGGCUCUCAGAGGCCAAGAAAGGUGGAACUCAGGGGCCUUUCUCCCUUCUCUCAGUUAGCGGGGAUCCCACCAGCUUGUCUUAACUGUAAGUCUGGGUCUCAGAGAAGCCCGUGGUCAGGACCUGGUGGACAGAAAGUGGGGCACAGGCUGUGGCAGAGUGUAGGUGUGUGUGGAAAGGAAGGCAGGGAGCGUCCUGGACCAAGCCUCAUCUCAGGCCCAGCUGCCUGAGCCUGCCCUUCCUGCCCCCAGAUCUCUCCAUCCCAAAACAAUACCUCUAAUGUACCAGGGAGGUCACCGACUGCACACAGCCACCAUGCAGCCAGCUAGGCUCCCGAAUGCCCCUCCCCCACACUCAGAGGAGAUGUGAAUGUCAGGUUACAGUUUUAUUAUUUCAGAACUAGCCCAGCCCAUCUCUAAUUAUAAAACAUAAUUUCUUUUCUUUCUUUUUUUUUUUUUUCCUUCACUUAUGCUCACAACCACAUGUCUGACGAGGCCUGGAACAGCUCUAGAAUGAACACAUAAAAAUUUAGCAAUUUUUAAAAAAAAAAUCUCUUUCUUUACUGCAAGUUUAAAUAUGUGUACAGAUAGUUCAUAAGCACAAUAUUUUAAGAAAAAAAAAGUGGCUGGUCUACUGGGCAGCCUCUGUGCCACCUAGUGCUGGAAAGCUAAAUGGUUUAACGACACCAUUUCGUUGGGACAAUUACACAAGCAACCUUUUAAACAUCAUCUUUCCCUGGACACAUUGGAACCUGCAGCAUUGGGUCGUUUUUUCCAGACUUGCCACAGCUUCAUCACUGAAGGCCAAUUAUUUCUUCAAAAAGGAUUAGAAUCCACAACUUGUCAGUUUCUCCAAAAACAAUGCCCACACAUGCUCAUGCAUGUACACACACACACACACACACACACACACACACACACACACCCUCAAGCAUGCCCACACGACACCCCUUGAUAUGGAGACCAAGGCUUCAAAUCUUAAUCUGUUCCCAAAACCCUUUGCAGGUCAACCCCAACUUGUAAACCAUCCAAUCAGCUGGUACCAGGUGACUGCUGAGCACCUUGCUCUGGGUUCUGUCAUUUUCUCACAGCAAGCUGAGUGAAUUAGCAAUGUUCCAGAAACACUACGAAUCCAGACACAGCGGGUAGCCCGCAAAGAAUUCAGAGAGUGUGAAAAUGUGGCCCCGCGAUUAAUUUGUCUUCCAUUGGGUGGUUCUUCGAAGUCCCCUCAGUGUGCCAUGUCACUGGGCUCCUUUCCUUUGCCUCCGGUUGGCAUUACCUCUGUGCUCAGUGCCAGGCAGAUGCCAGGCAGGAGACCUGAUGGCUUGGGGCCCGCUGAACUUAGGCAGCGGGUGACAGGCCGCGACUGCCUUCCUUAGACUUCAAGCCAAAUGCCACCAAACAGAAGCAAGCUGACUGCCAGCCUUGGGAGCUGAUAGGCCAGCUUUGCUUUGCAGUGUCUGGCCACAGAACCCACCCCCAACCACCCCAACACACACAUUUGCCUAGAUGAUUGGGUCUCUAGCUCUGACAGUUAACGUUGCUAAGAAAGCAAUAGUCCCUCAUUGAAAUCGCCGCCCAUUGUUCUCCCCACUUGGAACAUGUCAGAACCAGGCCCUACUCCAGGACCCUCUUCAGUGGUGAAUCAGAUGUUAAACUGCUCAUAAGGACCAUGUUACCACUAUUCCAGGUUUUAAGAUCAACUUUUGUUAUAUACUGUAAUUUAAAUAACUGCAUAAAUUUACAUGCCUAGUUUCUGUAAUAUUGUGUAUACAAAACCAAAAUCUCUCAAGCUGUAAAUUGUGUAUACCCGCCAGGAUCCCUACUCUGGGGUGUCCAUGCGCAUUUUAGAUUUAAUUCAUACAAUUAAAAAGAACUCAAUGUGACUGCUGACGUGCUGAAACUUUACAUAAGAAAUAUUUGUGAUACUUUAGUUAAUAAAAUGGUGAGUUUUUUUCCUGAGUUAUUGAACAAGCGAACAUUACCCAGCUGACCGGGCAAUGACUUUGUGUGUGUGUGUGUGUGGGUGGGGGGGCCACAAAUAACGAUUUUUUUCUCCCAUUAGCAAUUUUGGGUUUUAAAUCCAUGUUUCACACUAUAGUUUGUGUGUAACAGCACAUGUCAUAUUAUCUUUGUUGCUGUUAAUUUUGUGCUCUUUUUCUUUUUAGACUUUAUUUAUUUAGAGAGAGCAAGAGCAAGAGGGAGAGAG